GACUUUAGACAGAGAUUAGUAAAGAAUGCAAUUUAAAUAAUAUUGAAAUGUAAGUCAGUGUUAAUUGCUACAAUUACUGUGUACACAAACUUUGUUAUAAACGGAAUUAUGAAAUUGAAAAUAUAAAACAUUCAAUCAAAUGUGCAAAUUAAUUUUUUCUACAGAUGUUUAUUUGUUGAAAUAUUCAAGAUACUUACUGCAGAACUGGUAAAUAACUUCCGUGUAACAUACGACGGUUGCGGAACAAUGACCAUGGAAGUGGAGUUUAAUGCGAAUUCUUCGGAAGAAGCCUCGGAAGGGAAAGAAGGACAGAAUAUGGCGAUAGACGACGAGAAAAAUAAUAUAAUAAGCUUCCUGACACACAACGAAAGCAUCUGUUUCAAAAGCCAACAGAAGUGGGAGGCUGAUUUGACCGUUAAAGAAAAAUCAGACAUCGCCUUAAAUAUUUUCGACAACAGCAAACUGAAUUUCUUGAUGCGGUUCGGAAAAUAUCUAAAACGCGAACAUCUAGAAUAUUUUGAACAGUUUACACAAAACUACGAGCCCGACAAUGAGGAAAUAGAUUUAGUUCUCAAAGACUUGUACAGAAAUGUCUCUGAAAGUGCACAUCAUGUCGACGUGAAGAACAGAAGAUACGCUGCGCUUUUGCAAAUGAUAGCUGAAGAUUCCUAUUUUUCCGAAAUUGAAAUGAUGAAGAGAAACCCUUUGCUCUACGAACAACUUGUAGGGCAAUACCUCACCGUUCAAGAAAAGAAAGAGAGAGACAAGUAUAAAAUGGACGAGGAGGUAACUUUUGUGAAGAUCCUCAUGGAAGGUAUUGAACGAGAUAAUGCUGAAAUAGUAAGGAAAAACGAAGAAGAAAAAGAGGAUAACCAAAUGGAAGAAGAGGACGAUACCUCAGACGAGGACUCAGCCAGGUCGCUGAGCCCUGUACCUUCUACCUCGAGAUGGGGGGAAUUUGAAGAGGAUAAAACUCACAGGCCAAAGCCAAAAAGUAAAGCUCCUGCUAUAACGGCACAAGAACGGCUGCUGUUAAAGCAAGAAUUCAUAACCACGAUGUACCAAAACUUUCUAGAUGGGAAGGAUGAAGAUUUUAAUUACGACACUGUGGACAACAAUUCUUCCUUCGAUAAUAUUAACGAGAUAGACCACGACGAGGAAGAUAAGUACUUCGCCUCGGAGGACCCGGAAGUGAUUGACACGAAGGAUAAGGACGAAAGUUCUGAGGACGAGUUGGACAUAUACAUGAGCGCGUUGAAUCAGCAUCCGGCUGUUACUCAGUUGGCACAGGAUCUGAAAAAUCUUUAACGUGAAGAUUUGUUUGUUGUCAAGUUUCAUUGAUGGACUGUAAUAUAAAGAAAGUUUUAUAAAAUA